GUUUCCCAUCUCCGCUAGAACAUCAUCUUGUAAAGUUGUAAACAAACAAUGCCUAUUCUUGGGGAUUCAAAGAAAUUUUCGCCUCCAAAACAAAGCUACUUUGAAAGCCUCGAAGAACUGGACGAAUGGGCUGGUACCUCUUCGCCAGUGUUCGACAAUACCUUACAAUUGUAUCCUCGAGCCAAUGGAAACGAGCAACGAGGAAGACUCUUGGUAUGCCACGACUACAAGGGUGGAUACACUGAGAGCCCAUUUUCUUUAUCUUAUACAUUCAACUUUUGGUCAAGUUGCGAGACUUUUGUAUACUUUUCUCAUCAUCGUGUUACAAUACCACCGCCAGGAUGGAUCAACGCAUCUCAUAGACAGGGAGUUAAGAUACUAGGGACGCUGAUAUUUGAGGGUGGCGGCGAACAGGACAGUUUACGGCUUCUGGUGGGCAAGUUACCGAAAUCUCGCACUGGACCAGUAUCCCAGCCGACUACGCCGACAUCCCUGCCAUUAUCGCCUCACUAUGCUCGCAUACUGGCUGAUCUCGCAAAGAAGCGCGGAUUUGACGGCUAUCUAUUAAAUUUUGAAUGCCCACUGGUCGGUGGAAUCGAACAGACCCGAGCACUUGCUGCCUGGAUCACUAUCUUACAAGCCGAGUUGAAGUAUAAAAUUGGAGAUCAUGCGGAAGCGAUGUGGUAUGAUAGUGUUAUCAUCAACGGAAAAUUAGCGUGGCAGGAUCGUUUAAACAGCCUUAAUCUACCUUUCUUUCUUUCAUCCUCCUCAUUAUUCAGUAAUUACACGUGGAGAAAUAAUUACCCUUCCUUGACCGCGCAAUACUUCCUAAGUCUCGACUCUACACUUACUGGGGAUGCUCAUACUUAUCCGCACAUCCACCGCAAGAAGCUCCAUGAUAUAUACAUGGGUGUUGCUGGCUGGGUAGAUGUAUGGGGUCGUGGAUCACAUGGGAACGGUGGCUUUGGUUCUUUUAAGGCUAUCUCUCAUAUCGCACCGUCCUCGCUCGGCCUAAGUGUCGCUCUCUUCGGUCAAGCUUGGACGUGGGAAUCUGAACAAGACAAACCUGGAUGGAAUUGGGAUUCCUGGUGGACUUAUGAACGCAAGCUCUGGGCAGGAAAAGCCGACCCAGCGGAGGAAAUUACGGUACCCGUUAUGCCUCCGCUAAAAAACGGCGAAUCCCCUUGUGAGGUGGGAGUGCAUGAUGUAUUUACCCCAAUUGUGUCAUACUUUCAACGUACCCCACCUCCGGACCCCCUCCUAUUGCCGUUCCAUACAACGUUUUCACCUGGUGUAGGAAGACGCUGGUUUGUCAAAGGUCGGGAAGUGUUUCACCGACCCGAAGGAUGGACGGAUAUCGACAAACAGACGUCCUUAGGAGAUAUGGUAUGGCCUAAACCUAUAGUAUCUUGGGAAGGCGAAAUCAUGGACCCGGAAGGGCUAGAUCUUCCUAAUGCGAAAUCGCAGAUAUGUAUGGACAAUGCUUGGAACGGCGGAAGCUCAUUGAGAUUGAGUCUGGUCGCUUUCGGUACCGAAUCGGAAAACGCGGCAUUUCGUUGUAUUUGGAUUCCUGUCCAAUCUUUAGCUACUUCUGUUGGUCGGAUGUACGAAGCUUCGGCAGUAUACAAACUAGAGACAGACGUAGCUGGCGUGGACAUCGAUGUUGCUCUAUCUAUCAAAGGUUCGGAAUCCUCACCGACCACCCGAUAUCCCAAAUUUGAUAUCGAAUCUCUCCCCAGCGAAGAUAUGGACUUGGGGCGAGGAUGGUCCCUUCUGAAAAUUCGCUUUAACCUUGGGAACUCUAUCAUCGGCGAUGUCAAUCGGCUUUCAUCUAUGGGCCUUGUCAUUACUAUUGUUUCGGAAGAGACCACCCAGCCGCUUGCUUUUUCUUUACUCUUAGGGCAAUUGAAUGUCUACCCCAGUAUACCCUCCAGUAUACCUCCACACGUCACAUCCCUUCUCUGGGCUCACUUUUCUCCUUCGGAACCAGAAACAACGUCCCUUCCAAACGUGCCAGCGUCCCUCGGCGUUCUGACCUGGGAAAUAUCUACUUCUUUCCCUUCUCAUGCUUUACCACGAAUCACAUCCCCAGACGAUCCCUUAGCGGCGUGGCCCGCCCAACCUUCGGCAGAGGCAUGGUUUCCGAAACUCCUGUAUGCCAAUGUUUAUGCUCUCGAGUACCAGACAGAUGGGACACCGAGUAAAGUUGAGGAUGCAAUCUGGAUCGGGACGAGUGGAUGUGGCUAUGAGGGGAUGAGGAAUACUUUUAUUGUGCAAAGCGGUAUCGCUCUAUCGUCUACUCCAGACACUGCAACAGCUGGGGAGGGAGUUCUGCGCAUAGGUAAUGGGAAAAUGAGGUUUUACGUGCAGGGCGUAACGGAGACAGGCAAUGUACUUGAUUGGACUCGAUGUGUAUACAUAGAUAUGUAA